AUGCUUGUACGAAUCGAUUCUCUAGUUGCACGGGGAUUCGGUGAGAAUCAGCCUCCUGCGGAUAUAGAAGUUAUGAUUAGUUCUCUUCAAAGCGAUUUUGAAGAUUGCAAAGCCCGGCUUCCUGUCCCUAUUGACUAUGAUGUAUUUCAAGGCAUUCCAUCCCACGCCUUCGAAAUCCAUCUCUAUCAAACUACCUUUUUCGAUGUAUACCAAUCUUCCGCCGCGUCAUUCGACCAACCCAUGGCCCUCCUGCGAAUCGAUGCCCUUUGUCACGGACUAGCGGCUGCAAAACAAUUUAUGAGCUUUUACUUCAGUCUACCACCUGGUAUUGAAGAGAGAUUUAGUUACACCCAAUGGACAAUGACCGGGUUCAGCGUUGCAGCUUCAUGCAAACUUGUUCUCGCAUCGUUGGAGCCAUCCGUUCGAGAUCACAAUCAAGUCCGAGAGUUGCGAGAGACAUUGGAUAUGCGGCAUGAAAUCCAAAAAUCUGUCAAGCGCAUGAAUACGCUUGAUCAGGAGUGUAAAGGUGGGAAGUGGGAUCAACAUGAGAUGUUCUUCUACCAAGAUUGGCUGCGGUUCCUUUCUGAAUGGUUUGAAGAGAAAUAUCGUCUUGCGCAGUCUGAUAGUGCUGGAGAGAAUAAUGGUGCACUGGGAGUCUUCACCACUGGAAUCUCAGAAAAUAAUAUCUAUGAAGAGCCUCAGCCUGAUCCUGGUUUUCCUUGGGUGGGUCUUCAGGACGUUACGAUUGAGGAGAUGUUGAAUGCGUGGUUAGGGCCAAUGAAUAUGCCACACUACUUUUAA